ACACACACACACACACACACACACACACACACACACACACACACACAUGUUCUUUAUGGGAAAACAGAAACAGGAUACUUUAAACUAAAGAAAGCUACUAUCAAUCCAAUACAAAAACCUGAUCUCUUCAUUUUAGCAUGGAUCUUCCCACACCUACUGCAAAUACUCAACAAAUUCCAACACUUCAUCUGCAAAAGUAAAAGUCAACUCCACCUGCAUGCUGUUGAUUCUUCUGAACUGAAACGCGGCUACCAAAAGCUUCAACUUCUACUUAAAUGACACUGAGUUACGAGACAUUUUCUUCUCUCUCCAGGGAAAUCUGUAAAAACCCCACAAGAGUCUUCCAGGCUUCAUGAUCCUCCUUUCUAUUUCCAUCUUCUGGCUCUCUGUCUGUGUGGACCCCAUCAGUGCAGAUCCUCACAUUACUGUAGAAGCUCAUGUGGGUUCCACAGCUCUCCUGCCCUGUACCCUGAGUAAAGACUUCAGCAAAACUCCACAUGUUCGGUGGCGUGCUGAUAAUGAGAUUGUGUUUGAGAGAAACAUUGAUGGUACACAUGAGGGUCCAGGAUAUGAAGGACGGGUCGACGUUCCUGAGGACGAGCUGCGUAAAGGAAACUGUUCUCUGGUGUUGAAGGACGUCAGAAUCACUGAUCACACUUUCUACAGAUCCUUUGUGCUGGAACAUGUGGAGGCUACAAACACUAACAAAACAGAAAUCAACACAGUUCAACUUGAUGUUGUUCAGAGAGUAUCAGCUCAGGUGGGAUCCACAGCAGUGCUGCCAUGUGACUGGAGACAUCUGUCCAUCCAAACAUAUUAUGUUAAGUGGAUUAUUGGUCUUAAGAUUGUGUUUGAGCGAGAGGGUAAUGAGACAUUUCAGGGUGAAGGAUAUGAGGGACGUGUGGACGUUCCUGAGGAGGAGCUGCUUAAAGGAAACUGUUCCCUGGUGUUGAAGAACGUCAGUGUUACUGAUGAAACUCUGUACAGCAGCUACAUGGUAGUGAUAAACAACUACAAAUUGGUCCAGAAGGUGAAACUAUCAGUCAGAGAAAAAUCUGAAGAAAGGAAAGAUGAUCCAUCAGAUCCCUCAGAUGAAGCUGAUGGAAUGAACCUGCUGAUCAUCAUCACUGUUUGCAUCAUAUGUUCAGUUCUUCUUAUAUUUAUUGCAAUUUUAUUAUGGAGGAAAUAUCAGUGUAAUUUAACAAACUGCAGAGACUCCAGUGAUCUCAGGAGCUCCAUCUCACAGAAUAAUAGAAAUGAGGAAGAUCUCAGUGCGUCUCCUUUAAAUCAACAAGUGAACAACUGUGAAGUGCGGGAGAACAUUUCUAAUUGAUGCUAACAUGAAGCUGUGAUCCUGGAACACCACAAUAUCAACACAAAUAUACAAACAGAAGCAUGUAAAACAAGGACCAAAAACCAAUGCAGAGCAGGAGCUGAGGACAAGGAAGAAACUAAUGGAGAGCAAGAAAAGCAAGAACGACUCAUCAACAUAAGCUUCAGAAGAAGAAGCUGGAAAAACUGGUUGAUGACACGGCUGCUGCUGUCUGUACUGCUUUACCAUGUUCAAUCAGGUUAAUAAGAGAUUUAUUUAACAUGAUUGAGUACUUCAUGAACCACAGGACAGAGACUGUGAUAUUUUACAUUCUUUAUCAAGAGCACUGAACCAUGUUUAUCCUACAUGUACAAACCCCAAAUCAUGUUCAAACACCUUCUUUCCAAUUGAUUCUAAUGUUUUUUCCAGCAGUCUAAGCUUGUAUGAUGUAAUCAAGUCCUGUGAUGUUCAGGAAUUCACGAUUCUCUUAUCAGAAAAGGGAUAAACACUUUUCUCUAUCCUCCCUCCCCCUUUUCUUUUUAUUACUGCAUUUCUUACAGAACUUUGUUUCUCUUUAACAACCAGUUAAGUGCAUCCAUUGCACAGUAUUCUAGGCCUCGGGCCACCAGCCUAUAACAUGAUUCUUCUUCUUUAUUAUUAAUAAUAAUAAAUUGUUUAAUAAAAGAGAGAAGUAAAGAAGAAUGA